AUGAUUCAAACAAUUUUGAAAAAAAAUGAAUUACACCCGUGUAGGCCUGAUUUAGUACAAAAGUUGGUACCAGGUGAUUCUAAUCGUAAACUUACAUUUAUUGCAUGGUUUAUGAUUCAAUUACACGACGAACCCGAUUUUCUACGAUUUAUCUGUUGGACCGACGAAUCAAAGUUUACCAACAACGGUAUAAUUAAUAAACAAAAUAACCGGUAUUGGGCUGAUCACAAUCCAUAUUGGACGACUGAUACAAAUCACCAAACAGUUUGGGGAACUAACGUUUGGUGUGGGUUACUAGACAGGAGACUUCUCGGCCCGUAUUUUUACGAUGGUACACUUACCGGGAGAAGAUACUUGGAGUUUACAUGAACUAACAUUUACGUCUAAUUGAGGUUCAUUAAUUCCUCAAAAUUA